UUUUUGUAAAAAAAUUUUUUUUAGACAGAAAAGUUAACUAUUCCAAAAUUCAAAGUUUUUUUUCACAUAAAAAAGAAAAAAUGAACAAUUCUUUAGCUAGACUACCCGAUUUUCAAAAAUUCACAGAGAUUUUACCAAAUAUAUAUCGAGCAACCUUUAGUCAAAAUUAUGCAAAACUUUCAUAUCCGAUUAAUGUAUUCCUCAUUCACGUUCCUAUGACUGGAGAUUGUAUCCUGCUUGAUACAUCAGAUCCAACUAACACUAAUCAACUUUUGAUCGCUCUUUCCGAUCAUUUCUCUUCAUAUUCAGAUUUUAAUUUAAAAUACAUCGGGUUAACCGAUAAUAAUUAUGAUCAUACGGGUUCUGUAUCCAAAUUACUAGAAGAAUAUAACGAAGUUAAAGUGUUACUUGGAGAAUCCGGAGAUAUCAAGAGUUAUGAUUAUUUGUUUAAAAAUGUAAAAGAAGAAGUUUUGGAUAAGUAUCAAAUAAUUAAACAAGGUAAUGAGGAUGAAUUCGAAUAUUAUAAUAUUCUUAAACCGAUCUUUACACUUGGAAAUCCAUCAGGCUCACUUUCAUUUUUGCAUAUUCCCACGAAUUCAAUUUUCAUUGGAGAUAUGAUUACAAACGUUUCACAUAUUCCUCUUUCAUCGAAUCCAUCAAUUAUGUUACCAUUAACUUUAACCACAACUCAACUAAAUAAUAUUAAACUAGCUAUAAAUCAAAUUUCUCAACUAGAUAAUGUCGAACAUAUAUUUCCUUCUCAUGAUCAUAGUUAUGGUGGCUUUAAUAUUGAAUUUCUUAGAACGUUUGUUAAAAAUUCUUUUUAUUCGUGAUAUCAAAAAAUGUGAAUAAUUAAAAAUUUUUAAAAAAGAUUUGAAUCAAUAAUAUAGAUUUUUUAAAAGAAAUUUAUUUAUUUUUUUUUUAAAUUUUCAGUUGUA